AUGCCUGUAGUUGAAACUACCAAUACACCCUCUGCUGCUCUACCACCAAAUUGUCUUACAGAGGGAACAAACGGUAAGUGAUUAAAUUUUUCACUAUAGUGAAUAUUAUCCUUUUUUUCUGUUACAAGUGCUGUCUGCAAUAAUAAUUUUGUUUUUAUACAAUCAGUUUGUUGAUACCAAUAAGAUAAUUUCUCAGUCAUAAUUACUUUUUUCCCAUUGUGAAACCAAGCUGCACCUAAUAUAUGUUCACCGACAAAACAGGUAGAACCAAUUGGUACCCAAUCGUUAAGAACAUGAUCUUUAAACAUCCAUAAUUGAACAUUUCCAACGGAAUCACACACAACCAACUUAUCACCUGGUAAAUCCCAUUCUAAUGCAGUAAUUGUAUUUUUAUUUGAUAAUACCCUAAUGUGACAGAAUAACAUUAGCUAAUUUUGUGAAAUUCUCAAAUAGAUAAUAUAAACCACUUAAAUAUUUCAUACUUGUGAGUAUGCCAAGGCAUGUUCAAGUCGCAAACAUAAACAUGAGAUCCCCAUGUUUUUCCACUGUUAUCAUCUAAUUCUGUGGUUGUAGUAAAAGCAGCUAUGUUACGACUAGAUAAUGAGCAUAGAGAUUGUCCCUCAUACAGGCUAAAAAUUUGAUUACUGCAUAUACAUUAAAGGAUUGUGUUUUAAAAAGUAUAUUCUUGGAGUCAAUCUUAAUUAUAAUAUAUAUUUAAAAUUUAUAAAAGUAUAUAUCUAUCAAUUAUAUCAAGUUAUCAAUAGAUAUAUAUGUUACAGUAAAUGAAAUUUAAUAUAUGUCAUCUUUUAAUAGUUCAUUUGUUUACAAUACAUUAAUACGAAUAAGCAUAUUAUAUCAAUGAAAAGUUAUUUUUAAUUUAAUAUCAGAAUAUCUAUAAAAAUUUGACAAAAAAGAGAAAAUAAUAAUUACAUACCUUUCUUGAUUUAGAAAUGGUUUUAAUGUCACUUUUCUAUUUACAGUAUACAGUAAAUCCAUUGCUACGAGGUUAUGUUGUGUUACAAUUUAAUAAACACUAUAAAAAUACACUCUAUUUGUUUAUUAUAUUUAUGCAUUACAAUGUACGAGAAUUUAAAUUAUACUAAUAUCAAUUUUUACUAAAUUAUGCAGAAAAUUAUGUUGAAAAAGAAAUAACAAAACUACAUACAUCACUGUCGUCAGCACUGCGUCAUGUGCUAGACUGCUGGACUAUGUGUUUGUGCUCUAACCCAUUCGAAUAUGCACUCUUCGUCCUAAUUUAGGUCAUACAAAAUUAUGAAAUUUUUGCCAUUAUUUUUAACUAACUGACUUACCGUUGAAUCUUAAAGCAACAAAUUAUAAAAUAUCCGUAGUACACUGCCAUCCGUUACUUGAUUCAUGCAAGUGUUAAUGCAUUUUAACCUCGCUCCAUUUGUUUUGAUUCGCUUUUGUCCCUCAAAACUGGCUGUAUUAAUAAAUUAUAUUUGCAUUGUUUCUUCCUUAUUUAUUUCAAUUUCCUUUACCUAUUUGUGUCAUAAUAAAAACCCAAAAUGUUGCUUAUAUAUGUCUUUGGUUAUUUAUUUUAUCAUGGUGUAGAUCAAAAUGUAGACAAAUUAUUGUUGCUAAAGUGUGACAUUAAAAAUUAAUGAUAUCAUUUAAAUGCAUGAUUUGAAAAUCGCAUUAAGAUUGAAAUAAUGUUAAAAUGGAUCAUAGACUGCUAGAAAUCUUGUUUGUUUAUAUUUUUGCCUUUUGUUUAUUCUGCAUGUUAUAUCUACUUUUUAAAAUAUACAUACAUCUCAAAAUGAUAUAUUUAUCAUUAGUUAAUUAAAUAGUUAUUUCCUCCCACAGUAGUAUGUAUCAAUAAUUAUUCUUUUUCUGUCCUUUAUUAUCUUUAUAUAUACACUUGAAAUGCUAUCACUUGAUUCUUGCUUGUGUAUCUCUAUUUCUUAUAUGUGUUAUAAUUUAUGGAAUCUGUAUGUGCAUGCCAUAUAUCUAAGCCAGAAAACAAUUUAAUAAUUUCAUUACACAGAAAAUGGAUGGUGGUCAAGCAAAGGGCAGUUCCAAACCAAAUGAAAAUAUUACAAAUAAAUCUGAAGAACCAUUAGGAUUAAGUACAAAAAUUGCUCUUGAAACAUUACAACGUGACGUUAGAAGAGUGUUGCAGGAAUAUGAAAAAGAAUACAGGAGAAAUAAAAAAUAUAAAGCUUGGCUAAAGGACACCUUACAUCAUCGUAGUCAAUACACAACUCUUUGUUGGACUUCAGCAAUUGCACUUUUAAUCAAUGCCAUUAUCCUUAUUAUUACAUUCUUUACAAUCAAUGAUACAAGGUAUCCUACACUGCAUUAUGAAGGACUGACUGUCUGCUGUCUAGUAGUGUUAAAUUUUAUUCUAGUUGUGUCCGAUAAUAAAUUACGACACGAAGAAAUUCCUUACAGAGUUCGAGUUCUUCUCGACCAAUUGGAAGUGGCAAAGAAUAAUUCUCAGUGGAAUCCUGAAAAUUAUCCACAUUUGUGCAGUCCAUUGUCUCCUUGCCUGACUCUGCAGUGGACUUAUCGCGAUGGUCGCAUAGUUAAUUUACCCUGGGCAUUACUAGUUGCUGGUGAUAUAAUUGUUAUAAAACCUGGACAACAAGCACCUGGAUAUUGUGUCCCUUACGAUGAUGCUGAAGCACCGGUGCUGCAUACAAGAGAAGUAUACAGUCCGCAGGUCCACAGCGCAAAUGAAAUUUUUUCAACGCCGCAGGCUCGAUUACCAUUAAAGAAUAAGAUCUAUAAGCUUCAAGAAACACCUUACUUGAUGAACCUUAGAAUGGCUCUUGACCAAGCUCUCAAUAGGCCGGUUACAUAUCACAAUCGUAAACGGCAUCUCUUAAUGAUUUGCUGCAUCGAGCAACUAGCUUAUCCAAUUCUUUUAAUCAUUGUGUUACUUGUCAAUUUGUUUCGAUACUUAUACGUGACAGAAUAUUUCGGUGUUGGUUAUUGGGACGAGAUGUUUUUACGUCAACCAAUUGCUAUUAGUAUCCCUUUGCUUCCGUUAGUAUUUCCGACUUGUUGGAUUUUUUUAAAUUGUUUCGGAAUGGCUCGUUUCAAAGCUCUGUUUAAGCUUUAUCAGUCUUCGAAGAAACUUCAGUUUGUAGAUCCUUUCGAAGACGCAGAUAUUUCUGGACCUAGUCAUCCAGAAGUAGUGUACAAUUGGUUGGAAUUGAAAGAGUACUUCUUCAGUAUUCUAUUUGGUAAAGAGCACAUGAUGUCGAGAUCCGCCAGUAUCCUACACGUUUUAGGAUCAGUCACGGCACUGUGCUGCGUAGAUAAAAAAGGGAUUCUUUCGUGGCCUAAUCCGACCGCAGAAAAAGUAUUUUUCUUACGAAAUGCUAAUACUUUGUCCCCGUCAUCGAGACAUGUCUCAUUCAACAGCCGAAGUUUUGGACUUGACUCACGAUCAUGCUCUGCCAUUUCGUCUACAGUUUGACGAUCAUUCCUGGAGGCAACAUUUGAACUCAUUAAAACCCCUAGGUUUAGCCAUCCUCCUCAACACGUGUAACAUGGACACGCAAGAGCAUUAUAUGCAGUUUUGUUGCCAUGUCACAUGCGAAGCUCUGUAUAAUGAGAAUCUUGUACCGGUUACGAACAGACGCUACCAGGAUCACAAUAUAGAAGAUAAGAGUGGGUAUCAGGCAAAAGAUACAAUGCAAAGUUCAAGACAGGUGUAUUUAGUCGACGAAUCAGGGAGCCUUGGACAUAUGUGCAACCGGAAAUGGUUCGACGAGAUAUAAAAUUUGCACGAUCUUUAAGCAUUGCAACGAAAUUAAAAUUCCCAUUUCCACACAUGGUGGCCGUGGUAGUCAGAGAACGAACCGGCGGCGGUUUACAAUUGCUAACACAGGGUACAGCAGACAUAAUUUUAGAUUCCUGUAUCGAGUUUUGGGACGGCCAUGAUCUCUGUCCACUUUCAGCAUCAGAUAGGAAAAAGGUGCAAGAUUUUUAUCAGAGAACCAGCCUGACGUCCUACUGCACCGCAUUUGCAUACAGGCCAUUGACGCGUGGUAUUUGCGACAAAAUGUCUAAACUAUAUCUGGAGCUUCCUGCGGACAGUAAACAUUUGUACGCACCUCAUAGAAGUCCAACACCACUACCUUGGGACUUUAGAAACGUUCUUGAUCCUAGAGUAAAAGGCAUACUUGGACAAUUUCAUUCGACCGACUCCUUGCUGUGCAAUGAGAACAAAGACGAUAAUGUAAGCGACGUGGACAGUUGCUUCGAAAUUCAAUGCAAUCAAGUCUUCAUUGGGAUGGUGACUAUGCAAUACCAAGCGCAAACGGAUAUGGUAGGACAUAUGGAUAUGAUUAAUGUGCAAUUGAUCGAGCAAUUGGACAGAGCUUGCAUCCGAUUUGUUCACUUCAGUAAAGAGAACGAACUAAGAUCGCGCGUAUUCUCGGAGAAAAUGGGGCUCGAAAGCGGAUGGAACUGUCAUAUAUCGUUGCUCAGUGAAAGAGCUAGGUCCGAGAGUCCAGUGGGUUGGUGGGUGAGCCAGGCAGCAGCCAUGUCCUCACCCACUCCCUCGGCCCAAUCUCAUCAGCAUAAUUACUCCUGCAUGGAUGAGGCCAGCCACUUGCUUAAUCGUGUCUCUCCUCGCACAAAUUUGGAUAAUAGCCGUGCCAUGAGUAUGUCUGCGCCAAGCGCCAUAAACACCGAUUUCUCUACGGUGAAAUUCGACGACGAGACCACGGAGUGGAACGAUACCGGGACAUCUCAAGUGAAAAGUGCCAUGAGCCACAGGGAGCAGGACACAGUGAGAAGCGAAGACAGCGUGCUCGUACAAAGUGUAGAUUUAGGUUCCGGACAGGAAGCAUGGCGAUCGUUAAGUUGCCUUACGGACAGCACGGAGCAAAGUGCUCCUGUGAAUUUUGAUUUAUCAAACAGGGCAAAACUACCCCGAGGCAUUGACAAAAUUCGACCGCACAUAGAGUUGAUAGACAAUGUACCUCUUUUGGUGUCUCUGUUCACUGACUGCAACACCACUGUCACGAGGGAAAUGUUGCACAUCAUGCAAGAUUACGGAGAGGUUGUUUGCGUGCUUGGUUCGUCAGCCAACGCGGAGAACAUGCCCAUCUUCAUGCAAGCGGACGCAGGAGUGGCUAUGGAACCGCUCUAUCCACAAGUUUGUCAAAGGGUUCCGGUAUUGAUCCCAACCAGAGAAGAUCAAGGUCCAUCCCCAGUCGAUUUGAGCAGAGCACUGAAUUCUGUUGCCUGUUCGUUAAGCGUUAAACGAGAAGAUCCAAUUGCGAUAUUCCAUUUAAUUAUGGAGGCAAGUGAACUAGCUCGGCAUUAUAUGACAUGCCUCUGGAAUUGCGUGCAAUUCUGGCUCUGUUGUACCGUUACUCUUUCCUUCACUCAAGCUCUGUCUGGUUUCUUGCUGCUGCCACCACUGUUCUCAGUUAAUCAAGUCUUAUGGUUGUGCUGCUUAAUCAUUCCAAUGUUGUCUAUAUCCAUGAUCGCAACGCCUAUGGAUCCUACUAUAAUGCAACGUGCAACUGGCAAAAAUCAGUGCACUGUAAACGGUCAGAUUGCAUUGUUCGUUUUAUGGUGUUACGGCAGCAAAUUCUUGCCAACGGUCAUAACGAUAGUACUGUUGCAAUGUAUCUCGUUUCUGACUUUGUGCCCCACUUACACAACGGACUCCAAGUGCCUGUAUGUGUACCCGGACGUACAGGGAAAUGUCUCAUGGGGUGGCUGGGGAAACAAACCAAAUAUUAUUCUAGUGAUACAACAUUUUGCCUUGUCACUGUUAGUUUUACAUUUAGAUUAUGCGCACAAGCAGCAUUUUCAGGUACUGUGUUCUGUAAAUUUUGGAAAGACAAGGAGCAAAGUAUCGAGAACUUUCCCCUGCACCUGCCUCUGUUCUUCUUAUUUUCGUUGCCGUUGAUUUUCGCAAUUAACGAACUGAUCAAAUGGCAAGAGAUCAAGUAAGUACAGAAAAUACACUUCGGAAGGUGUGUUUUCAUAACUUUCUAACAUUCUCAGGGUGAACGUGAGAUAUCAGAAGAGGGCGCGGCUUGAAUUUGGUACGAAACUUGGAAUGAAUUCACCGUUUUAGAGUAUUUUUAUUUUAAACAGGAGAUGAAAAGGGCAAAACAUUGCCAGAUCACGGCGAAACACGAAUAAAUACGGAUUGCAAGUCAAAAGAAAACUAA